CUUCACGACACCUCGCGACAUUUGCAGGCAGAGUUUGCGGCCGUCCAAUCAGAUUGGAUGCACCGAGCAGGCUGCGCAGGAGCACAGCCAAUCACAGAUCAGAGAGGAUCCGCGCGGUCCGCCGCCCGCCGCCUCUCUCCCGCAGCGACUGAUCCACUCUGCCCAGCGACCUGCCGCUCCGUGCCGCAGCAGCGGUUGCUAGUCGACAGGCUGCCGCUGCUCUCCGGUUGGGAUGUGACAGAGGUGCGGUAGACUACCGAGACCCAGACCUCAUCCAGGACGAACCGGGAGAAGGGGGACCGUUCCGGGUUGAAUCGCCUGUGGCUGCUCCUCUGAAGCUCUUCCUCUCCUCCACCUCGGUACAGGAUGGAGGACACGGAGACGGAGCUGACGGUGUCGGAGUCGGACGCCCUGGGAGCCGACUUCAUCACGGUGGAGCUGGACACGCAGCCCAUCGAGUACGUGGUGAAGUGGGCCGAGGUCGGCUCCAAGUUCACCAUCUCCUGUGUGAAGAAGGACUCGGACGACCCGUCGGACCUGACUGCUGACCAGCUGAAGAUCGAGACGGACGAGGCCUUCUUCGCUCCGUACGAGGAGGUUUACCCCUGCGAGGUGACGGAGCAGAGCGUGGAGAUAAAGACAGACUCUGACGAGGAUGAGGAAGACACCGAGGAGGAGCACGAGGUGCUGGUGGAGGCAGGGAGCAGCCAGCUGGACGGCGAGGCCGACUCGGACCAGGCUGACUUCGAGCCGGACGAGCGGCAGUACCGCUGCAGCUACUGCGGGAAGUGUUACAGCCACGCCUCCAGCCUGUACCGCCACCAGCAGACGCACACCGGGAAGAGCACCGGGGCGCCGCCGCCCGCCAAACGGGCACUGGAGCCGACGCAUCAGGAUGCACGUUACACCUGCCCCCACUGCGGGAUGAGCUUCAAAGGCAGCAGGAUGCUGGGGAGUCACCUGCGGCUGCACGGGAAGCGGCGGAUCCACCCCUGCAACAUCUGCGGGAAGGAGUUCAACCACAGCUCCAGCCUGUCGCGCCACCGCCUCAUCCACAAGAAAGGAAAAGGAAUCCCCAAGGACGUCGCCCUCGGCCCCAACGUGGCCGCCCUGCGCCACUCGCUGAAGGCGAGCGGCAAGAACAAGAAGACCAAGAGGCAGCAGCGGCAGCAGCAGCAGCAGCAGCAGCAGCAGCAGCAGCAGCAUAUGGCGGCCGCCAUCAUUCAGAGUCAGGGCGGCGAUAAGUUCUACGCCUGUCCGCAGUGCGACAUGAGCUUCAGGACGUCCACGCAGCUGUCAAAACACCAGGUGACCCACGUCAAGGAGCUGCUGGACAACUACACGCCCGGCAAGGAGAACCUGGGCGAGACCUCGUCCGACCUCAAGAUCCGCCUCAAGCUCUGCUCCCGCGACAAGCCCAACUUCUACACCCUUUGUAAGAAGAACCGCCGCCGCCGGGGGGGCCGGGCCGGUAAACGAGGCCCCGCCACCUCUGAGGAGGAGGAGGGGGGAGGAGGAGACGGAGGAGUGGGAGGAGUAGGUGGAGUAGGAGCCGGUCGCCACGGCUGCAGCCAGUGUGGGAAGCGGUUUAGCCACGCCUCCAGCCUGGCGCGGCACCAGCAGACCCAUAGGGUGGGGGACGGUGGCGGGCGGGGAAAGGUGCAGCAGCACCAGAAGCAGCUUCUCGCCAAGACCGGACUCCCCGCCGCCAAGACCAAGACCUACACCUGUGCGGCCUGCAACAAGACCUUCAUGCACUCAUCCAGCUUCUCCCGCCACAAGAAGGCGCACAUGGAGGAGGAGCAGCGGGCCCGCGCCGCUGCCGCCAAACGCCGGAAGAGACCUAUCUUAGACGAGACCGCCCCGCUGGAGUCCGACUCCGAGUGACGUCGCCCGGCUCUGGACAGGGUUUGGACCGGUUCUGGACCUGUUCUGGGUUGGUUCUGAAUCAGCAUUGACUGGUUCUGGACUGGUUUGGGACCAGUUCUGGAAAAGUUCUAAUUUGGAAAAGUUCUGGACCAGCUCUCCACCAGUUCUGGACCAGUUGGGGACAGAUUCUGGGCCGCUCGUGGUCGUCCAGGUUUUGGGAACUGGAACACGUUGAUUCUUCUCUGGUGUAGAUAGCAGCAGGACAUCCAUAUAUGGUCGUAUGGCAUGUCAUAACUGACCGUUAGCUAAUUGCUCUUCAGGAUGGGAUUAGAUUUAAAGUGUAACCCCACCCGCCCCGCCCCCAGCCCCGCCCCCUCCUCCACCUGUCUGUUAGGACGCUGGUCACUUUCGUUUUGCCCUGUCCACACCCCAUUUCCCAUCAGCCACCUGAGGAGAGCUGCUGGGAAUCAGAGUCAGCUGCUAGUCCAUCUGUUUCAGGCCACGCCCACCUGCCACCACAUUUCCCAUCAGCCCCAGGACCUCUGUUCAUCAUGCAGAGUAUUAUGGGAAACUGAGUCCCUACAGAAAAGAUUUACAACAACAGUGAAACCUGUAGAUUCAGUUUGUGUUUGAUAUUUCUGAUUAAUAAUCAAAGAGCUGAGAUCAGACGACAUCAGGCCAGUUUGGUUUGAUGGAAGUUUAUUAACGACAAAGUAUUUUUAUUAUUUGAGAGAAAUCCCGAGUUCUGUGUUUCUGUGUUUAUGGUUUUCUCAAAGUUUAGUGAAUCAUCAGUCCGGACCGUGAAAAAAGACUUUCAGACAUUUUUUUUUUGGUUCUCAGAAUUUGGAUUUGUUUUUUUGUGUUUUUUUUUUUUUUAAUUGUUAUUUAUUUAUUUAUUUUUGUCCCCUUUGCCCUCGAUCUCUUAUGAAGAGUUUAGAGUAAGAAUCUGAAGAUUUUCUAGAAUUUAAUUCUUAAUUGAUAAUUUUUCUGUUGAUCAACUUUUCGUUUCGGCGCAAAAAUAAUUUUCCAACUGAACCAGAAUUUUUUUUUCUCCCAUGUUUCUGAACAGUAACAACAAUCAGCUGAUUUUUGUCGUUGAUAAACCUCCGUACAGGUCCGAUCUUGUUCCCGUCAGAGCAGCGGCUCCUUUACUCGUCUCCAUGUUUGUUUUCUUUCUCCUCUUUUUUUUUUUUUUUAAUUUGUUUUCCUCUAGGAUGUCACCGCCCAGUUCCUCCCUGAGUGAUUUUGAUUGGCUGAAGUUCUUAUUGGCACAACGUUCUGAUUGGUUAACUGUGUUAUAGCUUUGGUAUUUGACAUUUUAUAAAAGGUUAAAAUGUGAAAUCCGAGCAGACGAGCCGAUUGGUCGGAGCUGGCGUUCCUCCACAUUAAUGUAUGCAUGAAGACUAUUACUUGCAGCUAGUCGGCCAUAUUCGUAGUUUUUCAGCUGGGUGUGUUUGAUGACCGAUCCGCAGCGUCUGAUGUUUGGGUUUCUCGUUUUAGCAGCAGAGUGGUGGUGUUGGUGGAGGUCGACGGGGAAACUGCACUACUUAUUUAUGAAUUUGGAACAAUGUUGUAAUAUAUAAAUAUAAAUGGUAUUUAAAUGUGAUUCACAAGUUUAAAAAAAAAAAACAAAAAAAAAAAAAUCAAGAGAGUGUCUAGGCCUGGCCUAGCUGCCCUCGUUACCGUAGCAACAUCACCGUCACCUUCAUUGUUUAGCAUCGUCAUCAUCAUCAUCAUCAUCAUCAUCAGCAUCAUCAGCAGACAGGAAAAGACUCAGCAGACGUCUCGUUUUCCAAGUUAAAGUUUUCAAAUCAGUUCAUUAACAAAAUACUGUAACAGAUGUUUGUCUGAGGCAACAUCUGGACUUCAGCAAAACAAGAGUUCAAACAAGAGUUCAGUUUAACCCAGUCUGACAAAAAGCAGCCGUUUCCAUAAAGAACGUGUGAUAUUUUAUUUGGACUCGAACAGAGACGACAAUCUGAGGCGACAUUCAGACAAAAAUGAUUUCAAACAUCGACUUAAUCAUAGAUUUUCUGAGCAAACACUGGUUUCAUUAAUUACAUUUAGUUUUCAGGAAGUACAGACGGGAUUUGGGAAAAUCUGGAAUCGAACGUUGACGUCUGUCUGAGACGACCUCUGGACUCAAGCGGUCAAAUAACACAAAAAUUAAAAUGUUGCUUUUAUUAGUUGAUUGAAGAGACGAAGGUACGGGUGUAAACAAGGUGGACGUCACAUCUGAGACAACAUCUGGACAAAAUGUUUCAAAAGCUCAUUUAUUAAUGACAAAGUCUAGUGAAUUCUGUGAACCAGCUGUUAUUGUGAGAUUUGGUGACAGAUGUUUGCACGUCUGUCUGAGACAACAUCUGGACCAAAAAUGACCAAACAAAUUGCUUGAGUUAAAAAGUCAAAAGUGAAAUUGUGACUGAAACAGGGGAAACACUUCAACGUCUGAAUCUGACGUUUGGGCAAAAACAUUGGAACAAAACGGGAAUUUGUUUUGUUUUAUUGGUUCAUUGAAAAGACAAAGGUACAAGUAUUAACAAAGGAGUUUCCACAAAGUUAAUGUUUUUGGUGAUUUGAUGACAGAUGUGGACUCAAGCGGACGUGACAGAACAUCUGUCAAGGCUGGUGUCAGCUUUAAACUGUUGGAGGUUCUUUACAGAGUCGGACGUCUCGGACCAAAACAUGAAGGAACAUCGAGUCAGAGUCUCAGAGUUUUUCCUCCCUGACAGACGGACCAGCUUUCACCAAAAUAAAAGCAUCAUCUUUGGACGUCAGUGGACCCUGAACCCCCCCCCCCCCCCCCAACAACUUUUUGCUUCCUGCGUGUGGAGCCGUCUGACGGCGGCAGACACUGAGUUUGUGAAUAACGAUUCCCUGUGUGAAUUGGAUUGGACUUAAUUUAACGGUGACCUAUUUAUAAAUGUGUGUAGGCGGCAGGUUGUCGGAGUCGCACUACAAACUUCCCAUAGAGACGAAAAAGAAGCACUCGGUGCCCCACGCUCCACCCCCUCCCUCCCACGCCACGCUCCGGGUUCUCUCUCCUCGUUUCGGGCCUUGAAGCUGCCGUUCUCCUCCUGUCCACAGCAGAGUUUUGCAUUUAGAUCCAUGUUGUGUUGCUUGUUUUCGUUUGGUUGGUGGUUUCUCAGCUUCACCUGCAGAUAGAAGGUUGUUCGUCAUUGUAUCGUGUUUGAAUAGAAUAAACCCAGUUGACAUGUUUUGUCUUGCGUUUUGUAAUAAACCUUUAAAAGUA